UAUUCACAAGACAAUUAGAAAUGUUCCCUACAUUAUUAGUUCUGAUCUCAAUGGCAACUUUAGGUUGCGCAUUGCACUUCCCGAUUGGACCUGAAUUUCUAUUGAAAAAAGGACCAAUAAACAAUCGCAUCGUUGGAGGAGAGGACACACCGAUAGAGACAAUACCUUGGCAAGUUUCGCUGCAAAGUCAAGGAUGGCAUUAUUGUGGUGGCGUUAUUUACAGCAAAAACAUCAUUAUAACAGCAGCGCACUGUGUUCAUAAUAACGAUUCCAAAAUUCUUGAUUCCGAGAUUGUUGAUGUGCGAGUUGGCAGUAGUACGUCUGACAAUGGUGGAUCGGUGAUUAAAGUUGCCAAGAUAACCGUGCAUGAUCAUUAUAUACAUUAUGUAUAUAAAAACGACACUCCAAAAUCUCAAUAUGACAUCGCCCUGAUUUUGUUAAGUUCGCCCCUUGAAAUGGGUCCAACUGUCAAGGCCAUUCCACUGGCAGAAUCAGUUCCUAAUGACGGAGCUGUUGUGCGUGUCUCUGGAUGGGGAUAUACGGAAACUGGAGAGGCUCCGCUCCAUCUGAAAAGUGUCUAUGUGAACAUUGUAAACCUCGAGAAGUGCGCCAGGGUUAAUAAAAUAGAAAGUACGAAAGCGAAAAUCUGUGCUGCUUCCCCUCGGAAAGAUUCGUGCAAUGGAGAUUCUGGUGGACCAUUGACUUACAGAAGUAAACUUGUGGGCAUUGUUUCUUUUGGGCCCGAAAUUUGCGGUGAUCCCAGUCAACCUGGUGUCUAUACAGAUGUCGUGGAGCUUCGCCAAUGGAUUGAUGUGGAAGCCACAAAACUAAGCUCAAAUUGAGACAUUUCUGAAUUAAAUUGCAAAAAUAAACGUAAAAAUGAAUAUUAA